AUGGCUCUGGUGUUUCGACGAGCGAGGAAAUUAUGGUUUUAUCUAGUACUUUUCCCCAUUGUGCUGUACCUAUCUGCUAGGAUUCUCAGGUCACCAUCGGACCCGGUUCUCGCUAGUACAUCAAAUCAUGGAGCCUGUAAACUUCUCAAAAAAGGGAGCUCGACCAGUUUGCUUCUCAAGGGAACCGUUUUGAGCCCAGACGGUCCGCUCCAGCAUGGAUACGUCCUUGUAAAAUCCGAGAGGAUCGUCGAGGUCGGUAAAACAUACCAACCUGGUACACAAACCGACGACGUGACCAUUGUUGACUGCACCGGUUCCAUCAUAUCACCCGGCUUCAUUAAUCUCCAUGAGCAUAUCGAGUUUUCCACUGUUAGUCCAUUCAAAGACCUAGGUCAGAGAGUUAGGCACAGACAUGACUGGCGUGUCGGAGCUAGAAACAAUACCAUACGAGAAGCAACUAUCAGUAAACAGAUGAUUGGCGAUUCCAUCAAAUGGGGAGAGCUUCGACAUGUUCUUUCUGGCACUACUUCCAUUGUGGGUGGCGGCAUGGUGGCUGGGCUGGCGCGUAACUUGGACUUUGCUGCUGGUCUAGAAGCUGGUCUCUCUGCAGCGCCUGAUAUCUGGGACGUCUUUCCUCUCAAUGAUGCAGGUGGAAUCCUCAGAAACGGGGAUUGCGACUACGGAGCGGAGGCUAUUGACAAAGAUAAGGCAAGCAAGUAUCAUAGAUAUUUGGCACAUGUCGCAGAGGGUUUGGAUGAAGAGGCCGCCAACGAGUUUCGGUGUUUAUCAAGUGAUAGUUACGACGACAUUCCCAUGCCCGGUGGUGGAGGGUUGAGCACCGACAUCAUCGCCCCAAACCUUGCCAUGGUUCAUGCCUUGGGCUUGACCGAAGCCGACUUCGACCUUGUGGCUCAGAGAGGGGCCCAUGUGGUUUGGUCACCACGCAGCAAUGUCUUUCUGUACGGCAAGACGCUCAAUGUGACAUAUCUUCUGGAAGCUGGCAUCAACGUCGCACUCGGGACCGACUGGCUUCCAUCAGGAUCCGCCACCAUGAGCCGAGAAGCCGUCUGUGCGGCCUCGUCUAUCCAACAAAGCUAUGAGCAGGCCCUCGAAUCCAAAACCAUCUGGGAAAUGAUGACCAUCAAUGCUGCCAGAGCCGCAAGUUUUGAAGAGCACAUCGGCUCAAUAGCAACUGGCAAACUUGCCGACAUCGUCAUAUUCCGAGCUGGAUCCGGCGAUGCCUACACGCAGGCCAUCUUUGCUCCGAUGGAGAACAUCGAGCUGGUCCUACGGGGUGGUGAAAUCGUCACUGCUGCGGAGUCGCUUCGUAGUAUUACUUCUCGUAGUUGCGAGCUGGUCAAGUUCGGUCAUCAUCGGAAGGCCGUAUGUGUGGCUGAUGAGAUUGGAUCGAGCUUCACGGAAUUUGCAGCCUUCAUGGGUGAAGUCUAUCCGGCGAUACUUCCAGGAGUCCCACCAUAUGAGCCUUCGUGCGAAGUCCUCAUAGCAGAAAUUACACCAAACCACUGA